AUGCCAAACCAUGAGCCGUCUCCUGGCGGCUUCUUCGUCAAUCGCGAUACUAUUUCUCUUUCUAUGGCAAUUGCAGGGGAAAUUGUUGCCAACAUGGCUGUCAAUACAGCUCCUAAAUAUGACGUUGUGUUCUCACGCCAUGAGAACAAUGCCGCCAUCUCGACUGUGACAUCGUCGCAGAAGCAGUUCAUAGGUCUCGUUGUCGUGUAG